CGUGGACAAAUCAAGAGGCACGUUUUACAGAAGAGUGUGGGGAGCAGAAGUGGAUCUGCCAGGAGCCCUCUGGAAAGGAACUAUGGAGAACCGAGGGGGACAGUAUCUGCAGACAAGGCAAGUCCUGCUUCUCUUUGUUUUCCUAGGAAUGCCUCAAGCACACUCUGAGGCUGGGAGACUUUCAGUGGUGGAGGAAACGCUGAGUGGGGCCUUGGUAGGGAAUUUGGUAAAGGACCUGGGGCUUGAGGUGGGUGAGCUGUCUGCACGAGGUGCUCAGGUGGCCUCUAAUGAUAACAAACUGCCUUUGCAAUUGAACAUAAAUACAGGAGAUUUGCUCCUAAGCGAACCGCUGGACCGUGAGGAGCUGUGCGGCUCCACUGAGCCCUGCGUGCUCCAUUUCCAGGUGUUACUGAAAAAACCCUUAAAGAUUUUACAGGCUGAGCUUCAGGUCAUGGAUGUAAAUGACAACUCUCCCAUAUUCAUGGAAAAGGAAAUGGUUUUAGAAAUCCCAGAGAACAGUCCUGUUGGUGCUGUGUUCUUACUAGAAAGUGCGACCGAUUUAGAUGUAGGAAUCAACGCUGUUAAAAGCUAUGCGAUAAGCCAGAGCUCCCAUUUCCACGUUACAAUGAGAGUUAAUCCCGACGGCAGGAAAUACCCAGAGUUAGUUUUGGACAAGGCGCUGGAUUAUGAGGAGCAGCCUGAGCUCAAUCUCAUCCUCACUGCUUUGGAUGGAGGGACGCCACCCAGGUCUGGAACAACACUGAUUGUCAUUAAAGUCUUGGACAUCAACGAUAAUGCUCCCGAGUUUGCUCAGAGUCUCUAUGAGGUGCAGGUCCCAGAGGACACACCUGUUGGCUCCAGUAUUAUUGCCAUCUCUGCUAAAGAUUUAGAUAUGGGAAAUAAUGGAAAAAUAUCAUAUUCAUUUUUGCACACAACAGAAGAUAUUAGAAAAACCUUUGAAAUCAACCCAAUGUCUGGGGAAGUCAAUUUGAGAUCACUACUGGAUUUUGAAGUAAUACAAUCCUAUUCUGUAAAUAUCCAAGCAACAGAUGGUGGAGGUCUUUCAGCAAAAUGCACUCUUUCCGUUAAAGUAUUAGAUAUAAAUGACAAUGCACCAGAAGUGAUCAUGUCAUCAAUUACAAAGACAAUCCCAGAGAAUGCUUCAGAGACCCUGGUCGCUCUAUUCAGUGUCCGAGAUCAAGACUCUGGAGACAACGGAAGGAUCAUUUGCUCUAUUCAGGAUGACCUUCCAUUUACUCUGAAACCCACCUUCAAGAACUUUUUCACUCUACUUUCUGAAAAAGCACUGGACAGAGAGAGCAGAGCUGAGUAUAACAUCACCAUCACUGUCUCAGACCUGGGCACACCCAGGCUCACAACCCAGCACACCAUAACAGUGCAGGUGUCCGACAUCAAUGACAACGCCCCUGCCUUCAACCAAACCUCAUACACCAUGUUUGUCCAUGAGAACAACAGCCCCGCCCUGUACAUAGGCACCAUCAGUGCCACAGACUCAGACUCAGGCUCCAAUGCCCACAUCACCUACUCGCUGCUGUCGGCUCAAGACCCACAGCUGGCUCUCGCCUCGCUCAUCUCCAUCAAUGCUGACAAUGGGCAGCUGUUUGCGCUCAGGGCACUGGACUAUGAGGCACUGCAGACCUUCGAGUUCCACGUGGGCGCCACAGACCGAGGCUCACCUGCGCUCAGCAGCCAGGCUCUGGUGCGCGUGGUGGUGCUGGACGACAAUGACAAUGCGCCCUUUGUGCUCUACCCACUGCAGAACGCUUCUGCACCCUGCACUGAGCUGGUGCCUAGGGCUGCGGAGCCUGGAUAUCUGGUCACCAAGGUGGUGGCUGUGGAUCGCGACUCUGGACAGAAUGCCUGGCUGUCAUUCCAGCUUCUCAAGGCUACGGAGCCGGGGUUGUUCAGCGUGUGGGCGCACAAUGGCGAGGUGCGCACCACCAGGCUGCUGAGUGAGCGCGAUGUGCCCAAGCACAGGCUGCUGCUGCUGGUUAAGGACAAUGGAGAGCCUCCCCGCUCUGCCAGUGUCACACUGCAUGUGCUAGUGGUGGAUGGCUUCUCUCAGCCCUACCUGCCUCUGCCAGAGGUGGCGCGCAAUCCCGCGCACGAAGAGGAUGCUCUAACACUCUACCUGGUUAUUGCAUUGGCAUCUGUGUCUUCUCUCUUCCUCUUGUCUGUGCUGGUGUUCGUGGGGGUGAGGCUGUGCAGGAGGGCCAGGGCAGCCUCUCUGGGUGGCUGCUCUGUGCCUGAGGGACACUUUCCUGGCCAUCUGGUGGACGUUACCGGCACAGGAACCCUGUCCCAGAACUACCAGUACGAGGUGUGUUUGACAGGAAGUACUGGGACAAAUGAGUUCAAAUUCCUGAAGCCAGUCAUGCCCAGUCUUCAGCUCCAUGACCCUGAUUCUAAUAUGAUGGAAAAGGAGAACUUUCGGAAUAGCCUUGGUUUUAAUAUUCACUAAAAAUUUACUUUAAACUCUCAAUAAUUUCUUUCUAUUGACAAAUUGCAAAUUCUUUUUUUUUCUUAAUCUGUAUUGGAUUUAAGGUUUUACUGAUGUUGCAUGCAUUUUCAUUUCACAUGUUUUUCUCGCAGUUACUUUGAAAAUCUUUACUGGGAUUAUAGUGAUGCAAAGAAAUGAUCUGCACGUUUCGUUUAUUUUGUUGAAGUGUUAUGUUAAUGGUUCUGCUGUUUCUUAUAUAAGACACGGCAAAGGAAAUGCUGAUUUAAGUAUUUAGAGUCAAUGAAUUGAGCUGGUGAUUACUAUAGUACUGGGCUGAGUCCACAAGCAGGCAGCCCUGGAUGGAUCUACAGCAAAAGACAUGGAGGGAAGGAAGGAAGGAACUAAAAAGGGGCAAAUGUUACCAUAUAUGAGAGUGUCCCCAACACACUAUUUAAACCCAACAAACAGAGAGUCUAAAUGUUGUUGUACCUGGAUAGAAACUGUAUUGGAUCAUUUGUAAUAUUCUGUUAGAUUAUUUCAUCAGAAAAUAAUAAUUUCCUUUAAAUGCUACCCCUCCAUAGACAGUGAUAGAGGCCUUUGUUUUAUAGUGUUUUCAAGAAUUGCUUUCUUGGUAAUUUCUCCUUCUCUGAUUUCUAGCGAUGCUUUCUAAUUAUCAGAAUAUUCUAGGUCUUGAUAUUGCUGCUUCGUUGUCUUUAAAUACACAUGUUUUCUUGGUUAAAUUUGUGGUACUCUAUACACUUACUGCUAAUGCAGAUAAUAGUUCAUAAUCUUGUCUUAAAGAGAAUAGUCUUAUACCAGAAAGAACAGGAUAAAAUCUUCUUGGCAAUUAAAAUAAAGAUG